AUGUCUCUACCCGUUCUCUCACGGCCUCUAGCCGACCCGCCGACGGGUGCGCUCCCUCCAAUUCCUACAAGCAAACCUCCCAGAAAGAGCCUACCCCAGACUCCGUCAAGAUUGAAAGCUCCGUCAAGGCCUUCAGCACUCCCAACACCACAGCCUGUUCAAUCGGCUCCUGAUCUCUCACUCGAAAAACCCUCUGGUAUACCUUCCAGCAAAGGUGUGCGGAAAACUGUCAGCAUAGGCUCAUUUCCACAGCCACCCAAUGCCAGUUCGCGCCCGCCAACCUCGGCCUCAAUGACCUCCACCUCAUCCACGAAGAAGCGGACUUCAGAUGGAGGACACAGCGCGCAGAACGCCUCCAUCAGAUCCAAGAAGUCUCCCAGAACCAGCGUCGCCGCAAGUUUUCGCUCGUCUCAAACCCCGAGUUUACUCAAUUCCGCCGGUGACGGGAUGACCAUCUCUGCCAAGUUUGGAAAGAGAAUAUCGGAUGCACAAUCGAGCAUCCAUUCCCCUCCACAAAGUCGGAGCUCUUCGGCUAAUGGAUCUUACUCGACUAGCGCGACCACGUUCGAAGAAGGCGAGGAGGACAAUCGAGGUCGAACGAAAGAAUUGGACGAAGGUAUGGCUGACUCGAAACGGAAUUCUAAGGGGAAAGAAGUCAAAGGCAACGUGAUUGUCAGUGUUCGUGUCCGCCCCGACGCUGGUGCCCCAAGCAAUGCCCAAUCUGAAGGAGAAUGGAUGGUGGAUGGCCGAAGAGCCCUGGUGGCAUACCGGGGAAAAGAGGGCGGGGAUUAUCACCUUGACAAUGUGUUCACUACGCACGAUGACAAUGCCAAAGUUUAUGAUGCUGCUGCCAAACGACUGGUACGUCGUGUCAUGGAAGGCUACCAUGGAACUGUGUUUGCAUACGGCAUGACAGGAACCGGAAAGACCUUUUCGAUGCAAGGAACUAUGAGCAGCCCUGGAGUGAUCCCCCUGGCAAUCACAGAUAUCUUCUCCUACAUCAGAGAGACUCCACACCGCGAAUUUCUCUUGCGAGUUAGUUACCUCGAGAUCUACAACGAGAAGAUCCACGACUUGUUGGCUGUGCCCGUUGGUGCGGGCGUCGGACAGCAACAAGAGGAAAUCAAGCUACGUGAGGAUAGCAAAAGAGGUGUCUAUGCCACGCCUUUGAAAGAAGAGAUUGUGCAGAGUCCAACGCAGCUGUUGCGAGUGAUUCACCGAGGAGACACAGCUCGUCGGACUGGGAGCACCCAAUUCAAUGCACGAAGUUCUCGAAGCCACGCCGUGGUUCAGAUUGUGGUCGAGAGCCGAGAACGAAUACCGGGAUCUGGCUCCUUGCAGGAAAAUGGAAAACGGGUGGCAAUGCUGCCGGGCGGCGUGCGGGUAUCUACGCUGAGCUUGAUUGAUUUAGCAGGGUCAGAACGUGCGGCAGAGGACAAGGAACGUCGUGCGGAGGGCGCCCACAUCAACAAGUCUCUCUUGACCUUGGGAACAGUCAUCGCCAAGUUAUCGGGCAACCGUGAUAAGAACGGUAAUCCAAUGGACAAAGACGGAAAGCACCUGCCAUAUCGAGACAGCAAACUCACACGGUUGCUCCAACCCGCACUCUCUGGAAACUCGUUGGUCUCGAUCCUCUGUACCAUCCAGAUUGGAGCCGGGUUAACAACCGCGGGCAACAACCACACAGGUGAAACCCUCAACACCCUGAAGUUUGCUGCUCGUGCAAAGAAUAAUAUCGUCAGCCAUGCCAAAAGAGCCGCGGAAGAAAUGGGCAGCGUUAAUGCAGGCCUGCUGGAACGAUAUAGGGCUGAGAUUGCGAGUCUCCGGUCUCAACUGGAAGGGCAACAAAAGUCUGCCGUGGAAAAGGAAGAGCGACAGCUGGAGAAAGAAGCCGAGCAACGCCAUGAGGAACAAAUGCUAGAGAUGCAGCUGGCCCGAACAGCCCUCAAGGAGCGCAUCGAGCAUCUGAACCGUUUGAUCCUGUGUUCCAAGUCGACCGGCGUUAACAGCGGAACCGUGUCGGCCUUGGGUAUGCAUUCGCGACUCUCUGGUGGAACUGAAUAUGCGGGCUCAAGGUCUGUUCGAUCAUCUGCCAGUCAGUCGACUCUCGGCGUGGCGCCGAGCUUGGGGCGACAUCCAUCGGUCGCCUCCCUUGGAGGGGUGGCGUCGGCUUCCGGGCAUCUUUCAUUUUCGGGGAUCCCAGAUGAGGAUGAAGAGGGUAGCGGCGAUCUCGGCGACGGGAGGGCGCCUUUGCAGGCCCAGGUGCGCGCUCUGCAGGCCGAUUUGCAAGACAAGACACGGUACAUCUCGACGCUGGAGAAAAGACUGCUGCAAGCUCGGCGCUCCAGUCACUCUCGAGUGUCGAUGGCGUUCAACAAACCCGCGGGCGACGACAGUGAAAUGCAAAGACGACUGGACGAGAAAGAUGCGAUGAUUGCGGACCUGCAGAAGACGGUUGCGGCGCUUCGAUCCGCAGUGCGCAAGCGAGAGAUUGCCGAGUUGACGCCCGACACGUCAUCCUCGGAAUUCAAGCAGAACCGCGCACAAACCGGACACCAGAGCAACAGUAGCAACAGCAGCUCUCAAUUGAGCGUUUCGACGCAACAAGUGCUAUCUGGUGGACCCCGGUCGCCCCUGACGACGAGCCCGAUGGCGAUUCUUUCCCCGCAAAAGGCGAUGGAGAAGAAGCGCAAGACGGUAGACGAAAUGUCGAGGAUGCUCGACGAGAUGAUUCAGGACAAGGUCGAGAGCGGACAGCUGAACCGGCUGUCUUCAUCGGUGCGGGUGCCUUCGCGAGGAUCGUCAGCAACGCGGCGACACUCACGGCGACUCUCGAUGACAGGAAGCAAUGGUGCAGCGCCGACAGGACCUGCCAUGGGAAGCAUGAUAGCUUCCCUGAGAGAGCGGGACUCGAUGAUUGAAGCGAAGGAUUCAAGUUGA